CACUCCAUUUCCCAGGCUGCUCUCUGGAUGCAGGCAGGAAGGUUGAGUGUAUUACACUGGCCCCACCUCCUGAGGCUCUCUCUGCAGCUGCUGGACUGGACACAAAAGCAUAAGAGACAGAGACACCAUCUCUGCUGAUUUGUACCCAACUCUGAUUCCUGGUGCUGGGAGGCCGCGUGUCACAGAAGCCAGGGCAGGAGCCCCACACUGCUGCUGUCUCCAUUUCCCAGGUAUCCUGAGCCAAGCAAAGGUUCUUCCUAGGAGGAGUGGGCAACAGAAGUGCCCGAACACCAUGGCACAAGUGGACUCCCAGGACAGGUGGGGCGAAGUGUCCCCUCUCGGCAGCUUGACCCAGGGGGCGCGUGGCGGCCAGAUGCUGCGCAUGAACUUAGCCAGUGAGGAGGAGGAUGGUGGGGAGACAGGAGAUAAAGAGGGCACUGGGGACCUGGCGGCCCGUGCAAGGGGCAGCUCCCCAGCAACUCACGACAAUCCGGCCUCCCAGCAUCCACCCGAGAAAGAGGAAGAGAAAUUAUCUGACUGCUUCAGUGGGAAGGGCCUGGGGCAGAAAGUGACGGCGAUGCCUGGGAAGGCCGGUUGGGGAAGAGAGGUGUCAAAGAUCACCCAGACCCUGGGUGCCCCUCCCAGCGGCCACUCUCAUAAGCUGUUAGGUCAGAUGCAACCUCCUAGGGACUCGCUACCUGCGGGCGACGAUGAAUGCAGGAGUGCAAACCAGGAUGCCGCUGUGGAUGUCCCAUCCAGCCUACCGGGCACUGGAAAGUAUUCUUGUGCGCAGAAAGACAUCGAAGCGUCCCCAGACAUCUCUUCCCCAGCGUGUUUCCCCAGGCCAGGGCGCAGUUGGGACCUCCCCACGCGGGAGACGCACACACCCGCCCAGGGCUCGGCAGUCCCGGCCAGCCUGGCAGCCGCGGUGCUGGCGAAAGCGCGUCUUAGCAGGAAGGGCCAGAACCAAGCGGGCGCGCGCGAGGGCGGGCAGGCGGAGGCGCGUCCCUACAGGUGCCUGCGAGGCGGCCAGGCCUUCCAGAAGGCCCGCAAACCGCCGAGCCCGGCGGAGACGCGCGGCGGCGCCAAGCCGCACGCGUGCGAGCUGUGCGGGAAGGCCUACUCCCACCGCGGCACGCUCCAGCAGCACCGGCGCCUGCACACGGGCGAGCGGCCCUACCGGUGCCCCUUCUGCGACAAGGCCUACACCUGGUCCUCCGACCACCGCAAGCACAUCCGCACCCACACUGGCGAGAAACCCUACCCGUGCCCGGACUGCGGAAAGGCCUUCGUGCGCUCCUCGGACCUGCGCAAACACCAGCGCAACAUGCACAGCAACGACAAGCCCUUCCCGUGCGCCGAGUGCGGCCUGACUUUCAACAAGCCGCUGUCGCUGCUGCGCCACCAGCGCACGCACCUGGGCGCGAAGCCCUUCCGCUGCCCCGCCUGCGACCGGGAGUUCGCGGUGGCCAGCAGGAUGGUGGAGCACCAGCGCGUGCACUCGGGCGAGCGGCCCUUCCCCUGCCUCACCUGCGGCAAGUGCUUCACCAAGUCCUCCAACCUGUACGAGCACCAGACGCUGCACACCGGCCAGAGGCCCUUCAAGUGCGCCGACUGCGGCGUGGCCUUCGCGCAGCCCUCGCGCCUCGUGCGCCACCAGCGCAUCCACACCGGCGAGAGGCCCUUUCCUUGCGCGGAGUGUGGCCAGGCCUUUGCCCGCUCCUCCACCCUGAAGCGGCACCAACAGAUCCACUCGGGGGAGAAGGGCUUCCUCUGCGCCGAGUGCGGCAAGGCCUUCCGCAUCGCCUCGGAGCUGGCCCAGCACGUCCGCGUGCACAACGGGGAGAGGCCCUACCAGUGCGGGGACUGUGGCCAGGCCUUCACCCGCUCCAACCACCUCCAGCGACACCGAGCCAAGCACGGCGCCUGCAAGGAGGAGCCCAUCCCUUCUGCUUCUGACGAGUGAGGCUCCAGCGGCUCUCAGGGGGUGGGAGACACCAGACCUCCCUGCUUGGAACCCUCCCCCGUGGACCCACUCACAUGGUGUUGCCAGCCAGCCUCUCUGGUCAGCGUGUGUAUUUGCUCUCUGGUAUAGAAAGUAACUGCAGGGAUAGCACCCAGGCGUGUCGUUUCGUGUCAGUGUUUCUUCUGAGUCUCGGGGGUCAUAAGCAAUGGAAAAGGGUGAGACAAAGUAGCGGGAGCUGGUCAGGAAUGUAGUUCCUUGGGUUGGGGGAUCUCCAUCAAUCAGAAAUUAUUUGUAGAAUUAUAUGCUGGACACAGUGCAGGGCUCCAGGGAUAUGGCAGGGAAAAAAACCCUGUCCUGUCUUGCCCCCAAAGCCAUAUGCAAAUACUAAGAAGGCAUCUGGGCUGGUCCUCCGAAGAGAAAGGGGCUUUUUGGUUUUUACAAGAGGAAUCCCAGGAGUGGUCCUUUUGCUGGACUCUCCCCCAAGCAGCAAAGGUGACCUGGGGGAAACGCAAACCCAGACAGACAGCCCAUCAUUUCAGUACCUGCUGAAAUUACUUUACCCUUGGGAAUGUCUUUUUAAGUCUUGGCUUUAAAUAGAGGAGAGCCUUAUCUUAGAGGGGAGUUUAUGUUCUGUGUUUAGGGACCAGUUAGUCUACAAGUUCAGAACAGCCUUAGUAUCUGAGAAAGAAGCCCAUUCCUCUUUACAGGGGAGCUUAGAAACUGGAUCUAACUUGAGAGUUUCACCCACAAAAUCCAUGCCUAUCUCCUCUCUGGCUGCCUCUUUUCUUAUUUGCACCCUGGGAGUUUAAGUCACAUGUAGCAUUUGUGGAGGAAUUGGCCCAUUUACAGAGAGACACAUAAAUUUUCUCCAGACAAGCCUCACCAUGGUUAAUGAAAGUUUUUGGGUUCAU